ACUUUUUUGUGUGGCACUCGCGUGUUUUGAGGCUUCAAACUGAAACUCUCUCUUGACACUUGGCUGGGGAAUCCCAUGUACACCUGAGGAGUGGUGCGCACUACGAGGACAUAAUUGGACCAGACUUGUAGCCAGGUUCCAUGUAGUUUUGGUUCAAUGGCAGCGUCAGCCAUCUUGAUUCUUGUGCUGGUCUUUCUACAGUUGGCUUGGUGCCUUUUCACCUACCGACACUCUUCAGGGAAUUCGCUGUUAGUGGAUGAACAGUCAGCCAAUGCCUUCUUGUCCCGCUCACUGCUUUAUAACAGCUGGGACUUUGAACUUGUGGUGCCUGACAACCUUGAAAGGGAAUGUUGGGAGGAGAUUUGUGCUUAUGAAGAAGCCAGGGAAGUGUUUGAGGAUGACACUCAGACGGAAUUAUUUUGGACUGACUACAUUGAUAGCCACGGAUAUGCACCCAGAGUUGACGUAUCAGGGCUGGUGGCAGGGAUCCUUGCGAUACUCGUGUGUGCUGUGAUUGCCGCCGUGUUGGGUAUCUACGUCUACAAGGCCAAGAACAAGGGGGGGAGGAGACCUGUGCAAAUGUUGCAAGAUGGGCGUCCGGCCCCAGAGAUGGUCCCACUGGCAACUGCCCCAGGUCUGCCCAGCUACAACGAGGCGCUAAACCGAAGUGGGAUGCACGAUGCCCCGCCACCACCUUAUUCAGGAGGGGCGCCAUCGGAGCCUGCAGACCCAGGAGACAACGCGUGAGCUGUGCUUGAUGCUGGCGCUUGAUGUUGCUUCGAGUGAAGUUGCAGCACUAUCUGUUCUAGAAAAUAUUUAGGGGGCAGGAAUGGAGAACCACAUUCUCAACGAACACUUUUAUCAUAAUGAUCUUGUACAUAAUACAGAUGGGAUGUUCUUAAUUGGGUGGAGGUGAGCAUGGGGCUUUUUGUCAUUAUUGAUCUGUACGCCUUAUCUGUGGACCGUCUAAAGCACUUAAUGGAAGUGUAAGAAAGUUUAACUUUGAUUAGUGUCAGAAAACUGGCAUCAAUCAUCAGUAAAAUUUACGUCAAGAACAACAAGACCCCAAUUUAUGGAUUUUUAUAGACAAUAAGCCUUUUCUUACAGUGAGCGCAUGUGGAGAAGAAAAUGCUCAACGUCCAUAAAAUCCCUAAUAUGGAAGCAAUUGUUUUAAUAUUUUAAGGAUGGAAGUAGGCAUAAGUAGAUAUCGCGACAUUGGUUUCAGUGGUGUUUCAUUUUCUUACCUUAAGCGACAGGGUUGUGGACAUUUUUUGGGGCAGGAGGUGAAGCCUAAGGAGGGCACCCAUUAUCAAAAUGAUCAAAUUAUGGAAAAAAAACUGUAGUAUGUGUUUAAACCAUGUAUUUAUUUCUGUUAACACAAUCAACACAGCAACUGUUAAGAAAGAUGGUGACGUAUUAGUGGGCAUUUUAUUGUCUUUAUUUAUUUGCUAGGAGUGUAGUUUUCUUUAAUGAAAAUCUUAAUUGUGAUUUCAUGUCCUCCAGUGUUAAAUCUGUCAAUA